CAUUUCAGGACGUUGGCUGGGAAGGUCCAAAAAGGUGUAAAAGAGAGAAAACGGACGAUCCCAAGAACUAUCUCCAAAUAAAUAUAUAUAUAAAAGAAAAAUCCAAACUCCCUUUUUCCUCUUCCCAUUUGCGGAGAUCUUCCUCUUCUUUCAUCUUCUCCGCAGCGAUCUUGACCUUCCAUUCAUGAUCGAUGGACAUCAUUUAGCCUGCAGAUAAUUUGAAGAGGAAUCGUUCUCGCUGCGAGCUCCGAUCAUGGCCGUGGUUGAUAAUGCCGGCAUCGAUCGAGCGAUGAACGUUGGAUCGUCGAGUCGGAAUUUCGAGGCGGCAGCUCCAAAUGCCCAUGGACCUGCUGACGUUGAUCAGCCGAAGCCGAACCAUCUAGGUGGUGGUGUCAGGAUCGUUGACCCCAACAUGCAUCCGAGCUUCCAUAUGGUCCAGCAAUUGCAGCAGCUGGCAACACCCCCGGCUCACGUUAGCAACCACAAGCCCCAACAGGUGCAGCAGCAGAACAUCGAGCAGGGGAUGCAGCAGGUGGACGCGGUUGCCCGAUCGAAUGGCGUGGAUUUGCAGAGGAAUGGAGAGGUUGGCGGCAAGGGGUUCAAGCAGGAUAUGAGGGCUUUGGAGGAGCUCCUUUCGAAGCUGAAUCCUAUGGCAGAGGAGUUUGUCCCGCCGUCUCUCGUGGGCCAUGGCCAUGUAUCCGUUGGCGGGCUGUACUCUAACGGGUUUGCGAUGAUGCACCCCAACGGUGCCAAUGGCGUGGGGCCUGGGAAUGUAAACAAUGGUAGACGGAGGAAGAAUGGGUAUGGUCAAGGGAAGCGGCGUAUGAACAGCCGAACAAGUAUGGCCCAGCGGGAAGAGAUAAUUAGGAGGACUGUUUAUGUUUGUGACAUCGAUCAACAGGUCACUGAAGAACAGCUUGCAGGGCUCUUCCAAAGUUGUGGACAGGUUGUUGACUGUCGCAUUUGUGGUGAUCCGAAUUCUGUUCUUCGUUUUGCUUUUAUAGAGUUUACUGAUGAGGAAGGUGCAAGGGCUGCUUUGAGUCUAGCUGGAACGAUGCUUGGGUACUACCCAGUAAGGGUUCUGCCUUCAAAAACUGCAAUUGCACCAGUUAACCCAACAUUUUUGCCAAGGUCUGAAGAUGAACGCGAAAUGUGCGCAAGAACUAUUUAUUGUACAAAUAUUGAUAAAAAGGUUACACAAGCAGAUGUUAAACUCUUCUUUGAGACUAUAUGUGGAGAGGUUUAUCGCUUGAGACUACUAGGAGACUACCAUCAUUCAACCCGUAUUGCUUUUGUUGAGUUUGUCAUGGCUGAAAGUGCAAUUGCUGCUCUCAACUGUAGCGGUGCGAUUCUGGGAUCCUUGCCGAUAAGGGUAAGCCCAUCAAAGACACCAGUCCGCCCACGUGCGCCCCGCCCGCCACCCAUGCAUUAAAUCUUGCUGGUCAUGUGAGGCUGCUAAUGUUUAUCUCCCUCUAUAUACAUAUAUAUGCACAUAGAUUUUAAGGCAUAUUUCUUCUGGUCUAGCCAUUGCAUUUUAGUUUUUGGUUGCAUCAUCAUGGGGUGAGUCCUGAAAGCUAGGCGGAAACAUGUAGAGUUGGUUGGAACUUUGAGGCUUUGGAAGUUCAUCUUCUAGUGCAAGUUCAUCAGAUGAACUUGUUUGGGGAUGUCUGAAGAGAACUGGAGGGGACGGGAAAGAACAGAAAACAAACAACUGUUUGGAUGCUGUUUUCAUUUACUAAGUUAAUUUCGGCGACUAAUCCAAUCGUUGGUCGGUUGUUUUUAUCAUGCACUCAUUUUGGUUUUGAGUUUAAUAGAUCAAUGGCUGUGUAUAUUUCAGUUAGGAGUCCUUUGCUAUGCAAUGACUUAUUUGCCAUUCUACUCUAAUUUGUUUUGAAAUUUGAAAAUUGGGUUAGACUACUA